AUGCCAUUUAGUGUUAAUCGAUCUUCUCCAAUUGAUCUUUUGCCUCCGUUCAUUGAUCCAGACGAUGCUGCACACCAUGGCUUCCCAUUUAGGUAUCUAGAUCGAUAUGAAUCCCAACAAUAUUUCAAUUUUGAUGGGUUUCAUCAAGAUCGUGAUUCUGUUUCGGUUGUACCUGAUUAUUGGUCUUCAUUUUUAGGAUAUACUGCUUCUAAUGGGGUUUCUCGAGGUGGUUAUGUUAAUAAGCCAAAUGAGUUAGGGUUUGUUGAUCUAACGGUUGCGAAUGAGUUUGUGGAUUUUAGGAAUGGGGAAGGGAAACAGAUUGGAGUUAGGGAUAAUAAGCCGAAUGAGUUAGGGUUAGGUUUUGUUGGUCAAACUGUUGCUAAUCAGUUUGUGGAUUUUGGAAAUGGUAAAGGGAAUCAGAUUGGAGUUGGGUGGUUCUUUUGA